UUAACACAGAUUAAACAAAAACCUCCACUACACCCCAACCCCCACGCCCACGCCACCCCACCCCCACCCCACCCAAACACCACCACAAAAAAAAAAAUGUAAUUUCAAAGAGAGAGAUAGAGACUUGUAAAUUUGAUGUAUACUUGUAGAUAAUCUUGAAAAAAACAAAAUUUGGGGUUUUACAGUGGUUCUGUUCUUGGUUUAAUUUGAAAGCCAUAUCUGAGUUGCAGACUUACAAAACAAUAUAAAGCAGAGUUGGAAAAUUUUUCAUGCCAUUGGUGAACUGGCAAACAAGAACAACAACAACAACAUACCCAGUGAAAUCCCACUAAGUGGGGUAUGGAAGGGUAGAGUGUACGCAGACCUUACCACUAUCUCGAGGAGGUAGAGAGGCUGUUUCCGAAAGACCCUUGGCUCAAGUGCAUCAAACCCAACUGGAAAACAAGUAAAAGAUUUGAUUUUGAUCCAAGUGAACUGCUGGCUGUUUAAAAUUCCAAGGUGAUCUACUGCUACUUUAAUUCGCUGUUAUUGGAGUAUCAAGGAGGGAAAACGAGGUUUAUCUGAUUUUCAUGUCAAAUUAGCUUUAAUUGACUUCUACUAAUUUCUAGAAUCUUAUACAACAUUUGGUAGCAAAAGUUAUGAUCUUUUGAGACCUCAACGAGCAAAUUAUUGAAGAACUAUGCUCUAAUCUAGCUAUACUUCUGAUGGUAUUAGAGUUAGGUCCAUCCCCGUUUGGACUCCUGGUGCACGCUCCAGUUGAGCCUGCGCUUGAACAAGGGGUGGGGGUGUUAGAGUGGGUUAAAAGUCCCAUAUUCGUUGGGGAAUGGACCGGUGGUUUACUUAUAUGGACUUGGGCAAUCCUCCCUUCAUGAGAUAGCUUUUGGGAUUGAGUUAGGCCUAGGUUGUCAUAUCUUUACAAAAAAAAACACGUGUAUUGGAAUUCAGUUUCCUUCGUUUUCCCAACUCAAUUCUGAAACCAUUUCAGGACAGCAAUGGCUAACAAAAGCUCAGGGGACAACAGGACCAGGACUUCUGUGUCAAUAUUUAUAGUGGCUGGUCUCUGUUGCUUCUUCUAUUUGCUUGGAUCAUGGCAGAGAAGUGGCGUUGGGAAGGGGGAUAGUAUAGCUCUGGCAGUCACCAAGAGCAGUGAGAACUGCAAUAUACUACCAAAUCUCAAUUUUGAGACUCGUCAUGGUGGCCAAGGAGGUAGUAUUGAUGAUUCAGGAACAGAAGUCAAAGAAUUUGGCCCAUGUCGUCCUCGUUACACUGAUCAUACACCAUGUCAAGAUCAAAGGCGUGCUAUGCACUUGCCAAGGGAAAAUAUGAUCUAUCGAGAAAGGCAUUGUCCGCCUCCUGAAAAGAAGUUGCGUUGCCUUAUUCCAGCACCUAAGGGGUAUGUCACCCCAUUUCCAUGGCCAAAAAGUCGGGAUUAUGUUCCAUAUGCCAACGCUCCGUAUAAGAGCUUGACAGUCGAGAAAGCCAUUCAGAACUGGAUUCAGUAUGAAGGUAAUGUGUUUAGGUUCCCUGGAGGAGGGACACAGUUUCCUCAAGGAGCAGAUAAGUAUAUUGAUCAGCUUGCUUCAGUAAUUCCAAUUCAAAAUGGAACUGUUCGGACUGCUCUGGACACUGGUUGCGGGGUCGCAAGUUGGGGUGCUUAUCUUUGGAAAAGGAAUGUCAUCGCAAUGUCAUUUGCUCCACGAGACUCACAUGAAGCUCAGGUUCAGUUUGCUCUGGAAAGGGGUGUACCUGCUGUUAUUGGCGUACUAGGAACAGUCAAAAUGCCAUAUCCAUCUAGGGCCUUUGAUAUGGCUCAUUGUUCUCGUUGUCUAAUCCCAUGGGGAGCUGCUGAUGGAAUCCUCAUGAUGGAAGUUGAUAGGGUUCUUCGACCUGGUGGCUACUGGGUGCUUUCUGGCCCUCCGAUCAAUUGGAAGACUAAUUACAAGGCCUGGCAGCGCCCCAUGGAGGACCUUCAGGAAGAACAAAGGAAAAUUGAAGAGAUUGCUAAGCUUCUUUGCUGGGAGAAGAAAUCCGAGAAGGGUGAGACUGCUAUUUGGCAGAAAAGGAUGGAUGCCGACUCAUGCCGUUCUACACAAGAAGAUUCUGAAGCUACACUUUGUAAAUCGGCAGAUCCAGAUGAUGUCUGGUACAUCAAAAUGGAAGCAUGCAUAACACCAAGCAAAGGCAAUGGUGAUGACGAUGGUCUAAAGCCAUUCCCUGAGAGACUUUUUGCUGUUCCCCCAAGAAUUGCUAAUGGACUAGUUUCUGGAGUCUCAGUUGAGGCAUAUCUGGAAGACAACAAAAAGUGGAAGAAGCAUGCAAGUGCUUAUAAGAAAAUUAACAAACUCAUUGACACAGGAAGGUACCGUAAUAUCAUGGACAUGAAUUCUGGACUUGGAGGCUUUGCUGCAGCUCUUCAGUCUCCCAAGUUGUGGGUUAUGAAUGUUAUGCCUAUGAUAGCCGAAAAAAAUACCUUGGGAGUCAUAUAUGAACGUGGGCUUAUCGGGAUUUAUCAUGACUGGUGUGAAGCAUUCUCUACGUACCCAAGGACUUAUGAUCUCAUUCAUGCUCAUGGUCUUUUCAGUUUAUACAAGGACAAGUGCGACUUUGAAGACAUUCUCUUAGAAAUGGACCGUAUUUUGCGGCCAGAAGGCGCUGUUAUUCUGAGAGAUGAUGUAGACGUUCUAAUUAAGGUAAAGAAGAUAAUAGGAGGUAUGAGAUGGGACUUCAAAUUGAUGGAUCAUGAAGACGGCCCCCUUAUUCCCGAAAAAAUACUGGUAGCAGUCAAACAAUACUGGACUGUUGGGGAUAAUAAUUCCACAUCCGCAUGAUAAGAUGCCAGUGGAGACGGUAAUGGUGCUACUGAUCAAUGUCAUUUGUAAUGGAUCCCAAGGACGAAUACUUCACUUAUCAAAGUUCAACAACCUUCAAAGCAAGAAAUUUUUGGUCAAUGAGAUGAGGCUACUUGGUGUAUGUAUGUUUAACCUUUCUCUAUUGAUGGAUACAUAAAUUAUACUGUAUGAUAUUAUGCUUUGUAAAACUUGCAUUUAUUUAUUUUUCUUUCCUCUCUUUGGAACCCCACACUACAUGAUGAGUCUUUUCUGAAACUUUCAAUGUAUUCUUAAGAGCAUUUUCUUCCCUGAAGAAACAGAUCUUGUAAUGUGUUCAAUUCAAGUGGGGAAAAACCACUUGGCUUUUCUGGUCUCUUGUUGGCAUUUGAA